UCCCUCCCCGCCGCCACUCCUCUCCCACAUCGGGAUCGCCUCCCGAUCCAAAUCCAUCCACUCCCAAAUCCCCCUCGUGUUCAACACCAGACCAACCCACGCCCUCCUUCUCGCGCCUAAGGCCUCCCUUGCACCCCAGUUUUCCCCAACGCCCGUGCCCCGCAGCUGGCUCCGAUCCAGAUCGAGGCGAGCUCGUCCCCGAGCCCAUGGAGACGCCGUUCCCGUCUGCCGAUGGCGACCGAACCUUCGGAGGAGCCCCGCAGCCAGCGGCCUCAUCUGCGCCAUUCCCAUCAUCGAGACCCCGCCGCCGCCAAGCUCUUUGCCGGGAGCGGCGCCGCCCGGAUCUGGCCGUCUCCGCGCUGUCUGCACCCCGGCCUCGCCAUGGUCGCGCCUCCCUGCUGCCAGAGCCCCACGACCUCGCACCGAGCUCCUGCUGCGUCGCCAUCCAUCAAGUCCGCCGCCCCGCCAAGUCGUUGGAGCCCGCCGUGGCGUCCGAACCCUGCUGCUACAUCUCACUGCCGUCCCGCCGGAGUUCCCUGCCCGUCGACUCUCUAUGCUUCCUUCCCCUGAACCUUCUCUAAACCUCUCUCUCUUUUCUUCAGUCCACAGCAGCAGUCGCUGCAUCCUCUCGCUGGUGAGACGAGCAGAUGAGCCGCGUGCCCCUGCCUCCUUCCCCACACCCGGAUCCGCCGACGUGCCGCCCCGGAGCCCCGCGUCCAAGUCCCGCGCCCCCAUGACCUCGCUGCAGCUCGGCGCCGCCGCAAGUCCACGUCAUCGACGUCCUCUGCUUCCCCUACAACAGAUCGAGCGCCUUGCCCGCUUGCGUUGACUUCGCCUGGGCCGGCCUUGCCUCGGCCUACAUCGGCUCCCGCUAGAUCUCCACCUCGCCCGCGCCUGGGCCUCUUUGCACAAGGCCCAGCGAGCCUCCUCAGCCUACAGCGACCGGCCCAGCCGCCUACCGCAUCCAGCCCAGCACCGAACCGAGCCUUGGCCCAUGUUUGCAGGGCACAGCCUCUCUCCUGUGUUUUGUUUGGGCUAGGUAGUUUCGGCCCGUGACUAUUUUUUUCCCUGCUGCGAAUUUGUCUAAUUUCCCAGAGUUUUGCCAGUUUUAUAGUUUAGCCCCUAAACAUCAUGCAUUUUAUAACUCCCCAACCGUGCAUCGGAUUAAAACAAACUUUGUAUGAAACUUGUUUAGAAUUUUGUCUAGAUUCAUAAUAUCC